AUGCUGCUGUCUUUGGAAAGUGGAAAGACUACACCACCCGUGAUGGAUCUUGAUGAUGAUCAUCGGUUUGCGUUGGCUAUUAAUAAUGCAGUAAAACAAGGACAGGUGGAAUGGUUGGAUCAUAUUCUGAAUCGAAAACGGCUUGUUUUAGAAAAAUCAUCAUCCUCAUCGAUCAACAAUAAUAACAACACGAGUAACAAUAAUCACUCCUCCAUCCACAAAAAUGUAACAAUGAAUCUCAAGGAACCCAAUUCAGUACACUCCGCGUACGAUGUAUGGAUAGAAAAUAUUUUGAUUGAAAAGAAAACAAGUUAUUUAAAUUUAGGAAAAUGCUCGAUUUUGCAUAUUGCUGUAAGAAGAGCAGAUUUAGCAAUGAUCAAUUAUUUGGUCUAUAAAAAUCCGUACAUAUCGGACUCUACCAUUCGAAAACUUCUCCUGGUGAAGGCCUCUAGAAACGAAGAUAAUAUUCUUCAUGUGGCAUGUCAAACCGGAAAUCAUCAAGUUGUACAGACAGUACUUUCAAUUUUGAGAGACGAUUUUCAUAUUCUGAAAGAUGUGACAAAACCUAAAUCAAGGCCAUCAAGCCCUCAACAACAUAGAUCCUCUCUUGGACAAAGCUCCAAUGACCACAAUAGCUCCAAUAAUUCAACCAGAAAGUCCGUCUCUUCAGAAUAUUUAGCAUACUAUUAUAGCAAGGUUGCAGAUUGGACUGACAAUAUCAAAAAAGUUGUAGUUUCACAGAGUCCAGAAAAAUCCUCCUUUCUCUCGCUAUUUUCAUCCAAAGAUUCUUCCAGCAAAAAUUUGGAUACUAUGAACACAAUCGGAAUUAAUGAUGUGAAUGAUGAGAAAUACAAUGCACUUUUUUGUGCUAUUUUGUCUAAAUCUCCUCUAGAAACCAUUCAAACUCUAGUUGAUAUGGGAUGUGACUUGUACAAUACAACAGCGAUGCAAGAAAAUGUCAUCCACAUAGCAGUGAAGAGUGGUGUCGAGGAAAUUUUGAAGCACAUUCUAUUGCUUGUUGAUGAAAAGAAGCUUAAAACACUUCUUCUUGACGGAGAUAAAAUUGGAAGAACUCCAUUCCAUAUUUGUGCUCAAUCGGGAAAUUUAGAAAUUUGUAAAAUAUUAAUUGAGGAAUAUCGAAGUUUUGAAAUUUUGGAUCUAGUCUUGAAGGCUAAGGAUUCUUUUGGAAGAGUGGCCUAUCAAGUCGCAAUAGAAGAGCUUGGAGAUUAUUCUCAAACUAAGAACAACAGUAUGGCGAAACUAAUUCACCAACACAUGCCUACUGCUCUCUUAUUGGAAGUGGAUGAGAGAAUUAAAUAUUAUGAAAUUGAGAAACAUUCAAUGGAGCAAAUUUCCAAAACAUUGCAAGAUAUGUCAUUAUCAGCCUCACUUGCAACUAUGGAACACGAAAGAAGCAAUUUGGGCGAAUGGGAAGUCAUUUCUCAAGUCAAUACUACGGCUAUCUCAUCAUCCGAACAAUCACCUCCAUCCAAAACUCCUCUCGUAUUUACCGUAAAUGAAAAUAUUGUGAGUGCUCCCCACAAAUUUAAAGAACAAAAUGAGCUGCAUUAUCACAAGAAAAACACAAAAAUCAAGCUCACUUAUCAUGACGAAGAACAGGAAUCCAUUUUUGAUUUUGUGAGGGAACAAGGGUUCCCCAUUGAGAAGCAUGAAACAGUGACGAGCGAUGGCUAUGUUUUGCAAAUGCAUAGAAUUCCUCAUGGUGAUCUCGACUCUUUGAAAUACUUUCCAGAUGAAAUUCUUCUCGAUGAUGAGCUGGAGAGAAGAAAAAAUCAAAAGAGACCUGUUGUUUUCAUACAGCAUGGUGUGUUGAAUUCGAGCUCAGCAUGGCUUAUUGGAGGAAAGAAACACAGUCUUGCGCUCAUGUUGGCCAAUGCUGGAUUUGAUGUUUGGCUUGGAAACAAUCGAGGAGUGCAAUUUAGUCGAAAACACAUUACAUGGAAUAGUUUUACAGACAAGGAAUUUUGGAGGUUUUCGUUUAGUGAAAUGGCCAAGUUUGACUUUCCAGCUCAAAUCAAAUACGUACUCAAGUAUACGAAGAGUGAGAAAAUUUCCUAUAUUGGUCAUUCACAGGGAACCACACAAGCAUUUGUUGCCUUGUCUCUCUUUCCAGAGCUUCAAAAAAAGAUUGAUUUAUUCAUUGCCUUAGCUCCAGUGUGCUCUUUAAAACAUCAAACAAGUAAGCUCCUUUCCAUGGUUACUCGACUCAAUACUGACAUUUUGUUUUCUACACUUGAAGUCAUUGGAAUUGGAGAGAUUGGUGCCACUCAAUUGAGUCGAACAUUUCUUCCAAAACUCACGCAAAGUCUCUUCAACGAAGCUUGGUCAAUUUUGACAGAUUGCAACAUUGAUCAUGAUAUCCUUCCAAUUUUAUCACGCUAUGAACCAUCUCCAACAUCGCUUCAAAAUCUCAUUCAUUGGGGUCAAUUGAUCAAAUCAGAAACAUUCCAAUCAUUUACCUAUCCUGCAAAUAGUAAGAAAGAGGUUCCUAAAGUCGAGCAGUAUGAUCUUAAAAAGAUUACAGAUGUUCCAAUCGCAAUCUUUUAUGGUUCACAAGAUUAUUUGGCAAAUCCAAAAGAUGUCGAAGGUUUUCUCAUGGAUCAAUUACAGUAUUCACUUGUCUAUCACAAGAGAAUCGAAGGUUUCAAACACAAUGACUUUGUGUGGGGUCGAGAGGCUCGAAAUGAGGUGUACAACUUUAUUCUGCAUUUAUUGAUCCAGAAAACAUCUGCAUUCAAAGAUAUGACCCCUCCAAAGACACAUCUCACUGUCGAAGAGCAAGAACAAGUGGAGAAGUGUUUGCAAACAACUCCAAGAUCAGCCAAUGCUGCUUUGUUUUUCCCAUUCUCAGAAAGUAAUGGCACUGGUCAAGGUAGUGAUGACCAAAAAGUUGAUAUUCUCCAAGGGAAUCAAAUUUAUAACCAAGAGAUUUUAGAUGAGAGUGUCCAACAGAACAAAGAGGAAGAAGAAGGAUGCAAAAAAAAACAUUCAAGUGGUGCGAAUUCACAGAGCAUCACAGUCGAACACAGAGAAGCCGUGUAUUACUCCUCCUCCACAAGUGUUAAUAAUAAGGAUGAAAGUACCUUUAAAGAUUAA